AUGGAACGCACACCAUACUACACACAAAGUCUUGAGACACAACUAGCCUCCCAACAAAAAAGAUCCACAGCACAUCGUCGUAUAAUAGAUCAUGGUGCACCAUAUGGACGUUGGUCAAUAUAUAAAAAAUUAGGUCACAAGAGACAAUUAAGAGGUGAAAUACGUCCUGAAGCUUCAUAUACAGUGGAUUUAUUACCUAGUGUUGCUUAUUCUGCUAGGGAAAAUGUUAUUGAUACACCAACAAAAUUUGUUCAUUUAAGUAGUAAUAAGGCAAAGCAUGCAAUUCAUAGUAUUAAAUGGACCCCUGAGGGGAGAAGAUUAUUAGUUGCUAGUCAUAGUGGUGAAUUUACAUUAUGGAAUGGUAUGACUUUUAAUUUUGAAACAAUUAUGCAAGCUCAUGAUACUGCAGUAUUAUGUUUAAAUUAUAGUCAUAAUGAUGAUUGGUUAUUAAGUGGUGAUCAAGAUGGGGUUUUAAAAUUUUGGCAAUCAAAUUUUAAUAAUGUUAAUAUUAUAAAUGCUCAUGAUGAUGCUAUUCGUGAUGUUGUAUUUGCUCCAGGAGAUGGGAAAUUUGUUACUGCAAGUGAUGAUUCAAGUUUAAAAAUUUGGAAUUUUAGUAAUGGACAAGAAGAACGUGUUUUAAAAGGUCAUAAUUGGGAUGUUAAAUGUGCUGAUUGGCAUAGUUCCCUUGGGUUGAUUGUUAGUGGGUCUAAGGAUAAUUUAAUUAAAUUAUGGGAUCCAAGAUCUGGUACACCAGUUACAACAUUACAUGGAUUUAAACAUACUAUAACAAAGACAAAAUUUCAACCUUUUACAGAUUCUUAUUUAUUAUCAUCAAUCUCUAGAGAUCGUUCAAUGAGAAUAUUUGAUUUAAGAACAAUGAAGGAUGUUUUCAUUUAUAGAUCAGAAGUUGAUUUAAGUUCAUUAGCAUGGAAUCCAAUACAUAGAAAUAUGAUUACCACAGGAGGAUAUGAUGGAUCAAUGAAUCAUUAUAAUUUAACAGAUACAACACCAGAAUUAUCUCAAUUAGAAACAAUAAAACCAUAUCAUACAAUUCCAUAUGCUCAUGAAAAGGCUAUUCAUUCAUUAGAAUAUCAUCCUUUAGGUCAUAUUUUAACUUCUGCCGGGGCUGAUAGAUCUGCAAGAUUUUGGUGUAGAGGACGUCCAAAUGAUCCAAAUGCAUUUAAUGAUCCACCUUAUUCAAAUGAUAAAGUUGGUGCAUGGUAUUUUGCAAUAAAUAAUUCAGUUAAUGCCGUGGUUCCUGCAAAUGAAAAUGUUGGUAAUAAAUCUCAACAACAACAACAAAAUAAUAGAGAUGAUUAUAGAUAUAAUUUACCUGGUUUGGAUAAUGGUAAUGAUUUUGGUUAUACAAGUCGUUCAGGACGUGGUGAAAGAAAUGGUGGUGGUGAUAGAGGUGGUUAUAAUUUACCAGGGUUGGGAUAUUAA